AUGAGAAAGAUGUCAAAAGACUACGAAAUGAGUCAAGGAUCGAUGAGAACUAUUGUCAAGGACAAGCUGAAGAUAAUUCCCUACCUUAUGCAGAAAGGAGCCUUUAACGGCCGAAACCAUCCGAUCAUCGCUACUGACUAUCAGAGUGCCUGUGAAAAAGGAAAAAUUCUGAAUAAAAUUCCGCAUCCGGCUUCCGUGAUGGUUUUUGCCGGAAUUACCGCUGACGACAAAACUCCGCUGAUUUUUGUGGAUCCUGGAGUCAAAGUGAACCAAGUAUACUACAGGGCGUAGAUUUUAAAGUUGGGGGUGUUGCCCUGAGCCAAUUCUCACUACGGAAACCGACCAUGGACCUUCCAGCAAGACGGCGCCCCCGCCCCCGCGCCAAAGGGACUCAAGAGUGGUGUCGCGCCAAUUUUCCGAGUUCAUCUCGGCUGCUGAUUGGCCUGCUUCCUCGCCCGACCUCAACCCGAUGGACUAUGCCGUGUGGAUAUAUCUGACCGAGAAGGUCUCUUCUAAGAACUACCCAAGUAUCAAAGCCCUGUAG